AUGUCAAAUAAUUAUGGCGGGAGAGGUGCAUACACAUCUGGAAUCGUCAGAUUUCGAACUACAAAACGGCUUUACCUUUAUAUAGGAGGUCAAGGAGGGAAACCGUCAAGUUGUGACACAAAUGCGUAUGCUUUAGGAGGCUAUAAUGGCGGCGGAAAUGGAGGUAAAGACACACGUGAUGAUGAUCCGAGUGGUGGAGGCGGCGGUGCAACAGAUGUAAGACUCGUGAAUGGCUCUGAUGUUGCAUCACUUGCCAGUAGAAUCAUGGUAGCUGCUGGUGGUUCUGGAGCUGUUUAUGGUUGUUAUGGUGCUCCAGGUGGUAAUUUGACAGGUUUUAUCACUACUGGUUACGAUAGUAAGCAGUUUGCUCCCUCAAAUACCUCCCAAACCUCCGGAAAUUCUCUUGGAAUCGGAGCAAAUGGAAGUCUGCAUGUAAAUGCACCUGGUUCAGGUGCAGGCGGAGGAUUUUAUGGUGGGUUUGGAGCCACAAGUAAACUUUUUACAAAAUUAGGAGGUUAUGUCAGCGGUUAUGAAGGUUGUAAUUCUGUUGAUAUUAAUGGCGUCAAUACGAAUAGUUCUAAGCAUUGGUCUGGAAUUGUCUUUAUUCAUGCACAAAUCUUUGAUGGAAAUUCAGAGUUUCGAAGUCCUGAUUAUUUGAGAGAAGUCGGACAUUCAGGUAAUGGUGCUGUUCGAAUAACACCUGUUGAACCAGACAAAUGUUUUAAUAGCAUUCAUUCUAUAUUUUGUCCAUCAAUGAAUCUUUAUUCCUUUAUAUUUUCUUUAAACUAA